AUGAGAACGAUGUUCGUCCAACUGCGCCGUGUGGUGUACCUGUUGGUACUUCUGCAGUGUUGUGUGUGUGUGGCAUGUGCGGCGACUGCAAGUGACGUUGAGCACGGUCCUUCAGCCAGUAAGUCAACUGAAGUAGGAAAUGUGGAUCAGGAGUUAAGCGACACGAUAACCGUGGUGUAUGAGCACAUUGUGAACAUAAGAGCUUGUAUGUCCAUGUUAAUGACGGGGGCGGAUUUAUGCAAGGGAAAUUACACGCGUGCUGCAGCUGUUGCGAAGAAAAUCAAGGAACUUCAGGUAGAGGCCAACGGGGAAAAAAAAAACAAAAGAGAGUGGAUUGAGAGAAAUAAUGUCAGCAUACGGGAAACCAUUAAUGAGUUUGACGACGUGGCAGUGGUACUCGUAGACAUGGACCUGGUGGAUAAAGCUUGUGACGGUCCGCUUGGGAACGUGGAAGAUGUGACGAUGAAACUCGAGAACGCUCAAAAGCGUUUUUUGGAAGUACAUCAAAACAAACCGCACGAAACGGAGGAAAUAAUGAGACUCAAGGAAAACAGCAUUAAAGCAAACCAAUCGUUAUUUAACCUCAGAGAACGAUUCAAAUCCGCAGGAGAUGAACUCAAACCAAUUUGGGAACUCACAAGGGUAAUGGGUGGGGCGAGGAAAGAUUUGCAGGCCCUCGUGAAGUUUUUGGGAAGUGAACCGGGGCUCGUAAUUGUUUCAGAAGAAACCAGGGAAGAAGAAUUAAAAAGAAAGGGGAAGGAUAGAGAGAUAGCCGUUACUAAGGAAUUGGAGGAAGCAAGAAAAAAAGCAAAAGAGAAUCUGCCACUGGAACAAGAGGGGCCGGUUGAAGAAGAGGGAAGGAUAGAAGAUGGAGAACAGCCGUCAGGGGAAUCAGAAGGAACAAGAACGGAUGAUGAGAAGACACCGGAGGCAAACAAAGAAGAGAAAGAGAAUAAAGCAGAAACGGAGAAAGAAAAAGAAAAAGAACAGGCUGACGAAGAAGAGACGGGGAGGGAAAGUACCGGAAAUAAAGAAGAAGGGGAACAAGAGCAGGAAAAACCGGUCAAAGAAGAGUCAAAAAGGCCUGAAAUUGGUGGGGAGCAGGUAAUAAGAGCAAUACAAGAGAGAGACAACAGCGUCAGUCCUGCAUUGGUGCACGGUCCCCUGUUGUUGCUUCUUUUGUGUGUGUUGGGUUGUUCUCUCGUGUGCUGA